AUGGACCGGAAGGCGGGCGAGUCGACGCAGGGCGGGCGGGCGUUUGGGCGGGUGCGGCGCGGGUACCGGGACGCGCCGGACCUCUCUGCCGGGCCUACUUUCGAGGAGCUCCGCAACAGAUUCGACAGCAGCGCCGCAGCGGGGCGCGAAGUCGCCGCGAACCCGUCGACGCACGGCAGCGCCACCCGCCAGUCGGUGAGCGGGAAAAUCUUCAAGAAGUGCAAGAGCGCUACCUUCCAGAUAGAUGGCGCCACUUACACGAUCGCGGGAGCAUGUGGCGCGGACGACAGUCGCGCGCAACCUUCCACGCGGUUCGGUCGUGCGUUCGCGUCAUGCCGCCCUGAACGGUUACCGUACGCACCCGUUCGAUCUACGUCCGCGACCAAUCGCCGAACCAAUGAAAAUGUCUACGGGCCGCGUAUUGUUUACGAGGGGCGGCUGCUACAUUUCAAAAAG